AGGCGCCGCGUCCGCCCGCGCCAUGGCCGAGGCGGCAGCGCAGGAUCUGCUGCUGGCAGCGGCGUUCGUGUCCGACGCGCAGUACAACAGGAAUAUUCCUUUCAAGACCUCUCCGGAGGCUGUCAGGCUCUAUCACCUCUACAACCACUGGAUGAUGCGAACAGCCACCUACUUCUUCAUCUUCCUCAACCUGUCCCUUGCCCUGUUUGAGGAACCUGCUGUGUAUCCUCUCCCCUUCCUGGCCACGUCAGUGCUGGAGGUGUUGUGCCUGCUGGUGUUCCUCGGCCGCCUGACACACUUUGCCAAAGUCACCCUGCACAGCGUGUUCUGGAAGGACACCAAGAACAUCUGCAUCAUGGUGGCAAUCCUGCUAUCCCUGACAGACCUGGGCAUAUAUGGGGUCCUCAGGCUGUAUGGUGUGAGGAGCAUCCGGUGGUCAAGGAUUGUGAGGCCCAUCUUCCUCAUCAACUUCGCAGAGAGCCGCCAGAUCCGGAGGGCGUUCCGCAGCAUCCGCAACACGCUGCCCGAGAUCACCUACGUCUUCCUGCUCUUCAUGUUCAGCCUCCUCAUGUUCUCCCUCAUGGCCCUGAAGCUGUUUGGAGAGAGGAAUCUCCAGACAGCAGAAGGCCUCCCCUACUUCAGAAACUACCUGGAGAUUGUGUUUGACCUCUACGUGCUGGUGACCACAGCUAACAGCCCGGAUGUCAUGAUGCCAGCGUUUGACUUCAGCUCCUGGUACGCCCUGUUCUUCAUCGCCUUCGUCAUCGUCAACACUUACAUCUUCAUGUCUCUCUUCCUGGCUGUGGUCUACAACAACUACAAAAAGCACCUGAAGAACGAGAUCCGCAAACUCGCCUACAUGAAGCGCCGCAAGAUGAUCGAGGCCUUCAACCUGCUGAAGGAAGAGGAGGGAGAGCAGUUCGUGGUCCGGGAGGGUCGCUGGAAGCAGCUGGUCAAGCUGGUGGCUCCUGACACCAGCAAUUCCCACCGGGAGCUGCUGCUCCGCAUCUCGGAUGAUGAGCAGAAAGGGUUUGUAGACAAGAAGUCCUUCGUGCAGCUGGCAGACCUGCUCAACAUCCAGGUGGUGACGCUGAAGAUCCGCAGGCACCCCCUGGCGCGCUGGGCGCCGGCGCUGUACGGAUCCGCGCCCAGCCGGCUCCUGCGCGGCCUCGUCAGGCACAGGGCUUUUGUUUGGACUUUUGAUGCCAUCAUCCUGAUAAACGCUGUCUUCAUUGCUCUGGAUGAGGAGAGCCCCUACAUUUCCUAUGCAGAGUGGGUGUUCCUUGCUCUGUACGUCAUCGAGAUCCUCCUGAAGGUCUACACCUAUGAACCCAGGGAGUUCUUUGGCAAAACCCAGUUCUGGAACUGGUUUGAUACUCUCAUCAUCUUUGCUGCCCUGACUGCAACGAUUCUCAAUGCCACCCUCCAGUCCACCAUGAAGUACAACAGCCAGCAGAUCCUGGACAUUGUGUUCAUCCUGAGAGUGCUCAGGCUGAUCCGGAUUGUUGACAGCAUCCAGAGGUUCCAGGUGAUCAUGAACACCCUGAUAAACAUCGUCCCGACCAUGCUGACCUUUGGUGGGCUCACUCUGGUUGUGUAUUGUGUGUUUGCUAUCAUUGGCAUGGAACUAUUCCACGGGAAAAUCCAGUACUUCCCGGCCAGCUCCAACGCUCCUCACGCCCUGGAGUGUGGGAAUCCAGCCCUCAAGGAUUCCCUGUUUGCCCGUGGCAAGUACUGCAAGAACAACUUCAACAACUUCGCCUCGUCCUUCAUCGUGCUCAUGGAGCUCACUGUGGUCAACCAGUGGCACGUCUUUGCCAAUGGAUUUGCCAACGUGACAGCUCAGCCUGCCAAGCUCUACUUCAUCGCCUUCCACAUUGUGAUGGUGAUAAUCAUUGUCAACAUCUUCGUGUCAUUCAUCCUGGAAGCUUUCUUUGUGGAGUACUCCCUGGAGAAGAGUGAAGUGGAAACUGCCAUCGAGCAGAAAAUCCAGGAGCUGGGAAUGGGAGUUCAAGAGGAUGAGCUCCAGCAGGAGCAGCUCCUCGACAACAUGGAGAGUGCCGAGCACGAGCUCGAGGGGGAAGGUGGAGCCAAGGCACAGAGCAAAGGGCUGGUGUUCAAAAUUGCCUCCAAACGAUACAGGACAGUGGAUGCUCUGCUCCAGCGCAUGUUCGAGGCAGAGAUACCCCUGGAGGACGAAGGCCCUUCCUUUGAGGAGAUCCUGAACUUGUCCCCCAGCUCGGCCGUUCCCAGGAGCCCGAGUUCCGAGAGCGCGGCCUGAGGGGGGAUCAGGGAAUGGAGCUCAUUCCCGGCUGUCCAGGCGCUCCCUGGCCGCUCCCACGCGUGGGGCCCGGGUCACACGGUGGGAACAAACAGCUCUGUCCUGUACAGGAGCUUUAUCUCAUGUAAAGUCUCAUAUAAACCUCUGGAAUGAAUGCGGGCAGGAGUCGGAGUCCCCGGCCGUGCCCGGGCUGGGACGGUGCCGCGGGCAGCAUGUUAUGGAAUAACUACUUUUGUAACUGGAAUUGUAUCGCAGCACUUUUAUAUGCAGCUCUGGAGCGGUGUACGCUGA